AUGGCAGCAUCACGUGGAUACGCCGCUAAUGGUGUUCGCAUUGGAAUGAAUUUUGAUUACCUGGACGACAUGCAACUGCAAAAUCACAGAUUUUCAUCGAUAGCAUUAAGACCGUAUCAUCAAGAAUAUGAACAUCAGGAAACAAGAAAUGAUGAUAAGCACCAAACUUCUAAAUCUGAACAUCCGAGUUUCUGUUCAAAACAAUGUAUGAUUGGACUUGCUAUUGGUUUGAUAAUUGGUGUUUUGCUUGUGGUUGCUGUUGUAGUCCCAGUUGCUCUUCUCAAAACAUGUCCUUUAGGUGCAAUAUCUUCUACGCCCAAUUGGAUCGGUACAUUUCUAAUGGAUGGUGAAUGCGAUACAACCAGAUGUUGUUGUUUAUCGAAUCAAGUUAAAUUCUUCCAAACAACUAAUAAUCAGUUGCAAAUGACAGGCAGCGCGACUGGUAUGUGUACUGGCUCUCCAACCACUAUUUUUCUGACAAUACCAAUGCCAACAAGUUUUCAAAUACUCACUACGUAG